UUCCAGUUGUUGUUAUUGUUUAUUAUUUCGAAAAUGCAGCAGCUGCGAACCGCCGUGAUCCACGGCCUGGCCAGAAGGAUCCUUUUCCCAUCAAGGACUACCCACAGCGCCAGUGCCGAGAUCUACGACGUGGUGGUAAUCGGAGGCGGACAUGCCGGCACAGAGGCAUCGGCGGCAGCCGCUCGCAUGGGAUCCCGCACGCUGCUGCUCACCCACAAACUGGAGACCAUUGGCGAGAUGUCCUGCAAUCCCUCGUUCGGGGGCAUUGGCAAGGGCCACCUGAUGCGCGAGGUGGAUGCCCUGGAUGGGGUUUGCGGCCGCUGCUGCGAUGUGAGCGGAGUCCAUUACAAGGUGCUCAACAGGCGACGCGGACCGGCAGUUUGGGGACCCAGGGCGCAGAUCGAUCGACAGCUGUACAAGAAGGCUGUGCAGCGCGAGCUGCAUAGCACUCCCAAUCUGGAGAUCCGAGCAGCUGCCGUGGACAACCUCCUCAUCGAGGAUGAGCAGGACACCCAAACCAGGCGUUGUGCUGGAGUUCUGUUGGCCAACGGCGAAGUGGUUCGCAGUCGAUCCGUGGUGCUCACAACGGGCACUUUCCUGCGGGCACACAUAAACAUCGGACUAGAGGUGCGUCCAGCCGGGCGGAUUGGAGAUGCUCCAGCCAAAGCCCUGGGCGAGGCCAUCGACAGAUUGGGUUUCCGCAUGGGAAGGCUGAAAACGGGUACUCCGCCCAGGAUAGCAAAGAGGAGUGUGGAUUACUCACAGCUUCAAAGGCACGAUGGUGAUGAUCCUCCCAUGCCAUUCUCCUUCCUCAACAGACAAGUUUGGAUACCCGCCAAAGAUCAGUUGCCCUGCUAUCUUACCUACACCACUGAAAAGGUCAGUGACAUUGUGCGCAAUAAUCUCCACGUGAAUCGCCAUGUCACCGAGGAGGUAACCGGUCCACGCUAUUGUCCUUCGAUUGAGUCCAAAAUCCUGCGGUUUGGCGCCAAGGUUCAUCAAGUGUGGCUGGAGCCGGAGGGUCUGGACAGCCCUUUGGUGUAUCCACAGGGAAUCUCCUGCACGCUGCCAUACGAACAACAAGUGGAACUGGUCCAUGCCAUCCAGGGUCUGGAGAAUGCGGAAGUUGUUCAGCCCGGCUACGGGGUGGAGUACGAUUUCAUAGAUCCCCGCGAGCUGUAUCCCACGCUGGAAACGAAACGAGUGCCCGGACUCUUCUUUGCUGGUCAGAUAAAUGGAACCACAGGCUACGAGGAGGCAGCGGCCCAGGGAAUCAUAGCUGGUGCAAAUGCGGCCGGAAAAACUCGUCACGGCGACGGAAGGAAACUAACUAUAAGCCGAACAGAAGGAUACAUAGGUGUGCUGAUCGACGACCUCACAUCUCUGGGCACCAACGAACCCUAUCGAAUGUUCACCAGUCGAGCAGAGUUCCGGCUGUCACUUCGUCCGGACAAUGCCGACAUGCGCCUCACUCAAAAGGGAUAUGACUUUGGUCUGGUAUUGCCACAUCGGUACGAGCAUUUCCAGAGAACCGAAGAGAAAUUAAAAUCGGCCAUUGAAUCCUUGAGACGACUACGCAAACACACCCACUACUGGCGCAAGGCACUCGAUCUGCCCAUGGCCAAAUCUUCGAUGGAGAAAACUGCCUUCGACAUGCUAGGGAUUCCGGCAGACAACAUCUCUGUGGAUCAGUUAAUCCAGCUUCAUCCUAGCGAACUGAGCUGGCUAAGCGGCGAGCGGAACUUGGCUGAAAGACUGAAAAUCGAAGCGUUAUACUCGUUCUUUGUGGAUGAACAGCAGCGGGAUGUGGAAGAUGUGCGGCGUGAGGAGCGUCUCUCCAUUCCUAGCGACAUUGACUACUUCUCCAAGUCCCUGAAUUUGUCCAACGAGGAGCGACAGAAGCUGACGCUCAUUCAGCCGCAAACAAUUGCAGCGGCCAGUAGAAUUCAAGGGGUAACACCUUCUACAAUUUUAAGGAUACUGAAGUAUGUCAAAAAAGCGGAAGUAGCGAAAGCUUAGUUAAGAAAUGUAUCUCUUGUAAAUAUAGAAAGUAAUUAAAUAAUAUUUUAAUGUGCAAU